AUGGUCGACGCUAUCGCGCUCAUCUUCGGCGUACACCAGACUACCGUCGAUAAGCUGCUCGGCCGCGACGGCAUGCACCCCAGUAUCAUGGCCCCCAUGGAGUACGUCUUCAAGCUCACGCUCGUCGAUAACGACGCCGGCGGCAUCCCCGCCCUAUGGGGCGAGCACAACCCGGAAUUCGACGACAACGUGACCCCGCUCAUGAUGCUCGGCGUCUUGCCCAGCGUGCUCGCGCGUAGGGCGUACCGGGCACGCACCCGCAUCGCGGCCGCGCUCGAGCGGUACUUUUCCGCGCGCCACGACGGCGCCGCCGGGGUGAGCGCGUUCGUGCGCGAGCGGUCGCGGCUGCUGCGCAGCUACGGCGUCGACGACGGCGAGCUGGCGCGCAACGAGACCGCCAUCACGCUGGUGGCGACCAGCAACGCCGUGGCGACGCUGUUCUGGUGCCUGGCGGAGCUGUUUGCGCGGCCGGACCUGCUGCGCGACGUGCGCGCCGAGGUUGCGCGGGCUGUUGCGGUGCAGGGGGAGGGCCGGCGCGCCACGGUGCCAGCGGCCGGGCUCGAGGCGCGCGUGCCGCUGCUGGCCAGCGCGUACCGCGAGGCGAUCCGGCUGGCGAGCCAGAGCGUGGCGUCGCGGCGCGUGCUGCGCGACACGGUGGUGUCUGCCGGGGCCGGCGGGCCGUCGUACCUGCUCAGGGCCGGCACCGACGUGUUCCUGCCGGCGAAGCAGGUGCACCGCGACCGGGCGGUGUGGGGCGCCGACGCCGAGCGGUUCGACGCGCGGCGGUUCCUGGCGCGCGCGCACGGCGGCGGCGCGUCCGACGACGUGCUGCGCCUGCGCCGGGCCGCGUUCGUGCCCUUUGGCGGCGGCAAGCACCUGUGUCCCGGCCGGCACUUUGUCUUUGUCGAGAACCUGGCGACUAUGGCGGCCCUGGCGCUCGGGUUUGAGCUUGACGGCCUCGACGCGGCGCGGCUGCAGAUGGCCGAGUCCAGGCGCGGCGAGACGGCCAAGCCGGUGCCGGGCAUGGCUGGCGGGCCUGUGGUGCUGCGCCGGCGGAAGGGCUGGGAGGAUGUUGUCUGGGAGUUUUCUUGGUAG